UCUGGCAUGGGGGGCUGCAGGUCCCGAGCCCUGCCCCGCAGGAAGGCGGCUGAGGCUUGGCGAGAAUUCCAGCACGACGCGGGAGGACCGGCAGUGCUGGAGGACCCGACCCACCCUCCGCAGCUGCUGGCCCGGGUGCUAAGUCCCCUCACUGCCCAGGGCCAGCGGUGCAGGCCGGCCGCUUGGAGUGCGGGACCCGCUGAGCCCACGCCCACCCGGAACUCGCGCUGUCUCGCCAGCGCAGCGCGCAGCCCGGGUUCCCACCCGCGCCUGUCUCUCUACACCUCCCCGCAAGCGAGGGAGCCGGCCCCAGCCUCGCCAGCCCAGAGAAGGGCCUCACAGCUCAGUGGCGGGCUGAAGGCCUCCUCGAGCAUGGCCAGAGUGGACACCGAGGCCGAGGAGACGCGGAGAGCCAGCGAGGGCUGCUAUUGUCACCUCUCAUUUCCAUCAGAUCAGGAUAUGAAGAAGAAAACAAUAAAAAAAUCAUGUCUAGCAAGGACAGAAGUCACCUCCAAUGGAGACACUUCAGGAAUUGCUCGGGAAAGAACAUCAAGUGGUCAAACAGGAGGAGAUAUGUGGUUCAAGCUACAGAAACAGCAACAGGCUGAGCAGUCAACAUAAGACAAACUUGGACACAGAGACAGACACGAAAGGGGGAAGAAUGUGAAGACACAGAGAGAAAAACAAUAACAAGCCAAGCAAUGCCAGAAGCUACCAGAACGUGGAAAAGGCCUGGACCAGAUUCUCCCUCACCAUCCUCAGAAGGUACUAAUCCUACCUAUAUUUUGAUUUAAGACUUCCCGUCUUCAGAACAAUACAACAAUGCAUUUUUCUAUUGGUUAAGCUACCCAGUAUUUGCUACUUGAUUAUGACAGUCCCAGGAAUCUAAUACAAUACUCCUUUAAGAUUCCAGAUUUUUGUCGCCUCUAUACCGAUUUAAUGUAAUUGAAUAUGUUUAUCAUACUGUAUAUUUCUUUGGAUAUGACACUGUCUCGUAAAAUAUAAAUAACUUAUACAAUAUAAAUAACAUUGUGCUAAGCUUUUUGUUCUCUAUUUUGCCCAUUUCAUUAUUUUUCACUGAGUUUUUUAUUGCUCAUGGCUAUUUCAGAGUUGGUAGACAUUUUGAAAUUAUCUUUUUCUGAUUAAAUCAUUGUAAUAUAUGCAAAAAUACUUAUUAAAACUUGGAGGUUACUAGCCACUUUCCUUUAGAGUCCAAUGAAUUUAGUUAGUUCUUUACCUUCAUAUUAUCUUCCAUUUGAUUAAAAGAUUUUAUACUAUCACUAAUUUUAGAAAUUUUAGUUCGUUUUAAAAAUUCAGAGAAUGCUCAAUUUAAAUUCAAUAUUAUAGCAAUAUUUUGGGAAGUAGAAACACAUCUCUUAUUUCUAUUACUAUGAAGGCAAGUAAUUCAUAGUUAACCACAUAUUAAAACUCCCAUCGUUACUUUAUGGCAUGGCAAAAAUAUAAAAUAAAGAAAUGACAAAAAGAUAAUUACUGUAUACAAUUUUAAUCAAAUAUAAUAGCAAAUAGUAGCAACUAACCAGUCAUUUUGUUUUAAAAACUUAAGUGAUGCCAGUAGCUACAAGUCUUUAGUAAUUUUUCUCCUUUUUGUCACAAAACUUCUGAUACAUUUUGAAUGCUGAGAAACAAUUCAAGUGGAUUUCUUUCCCGUUUGUAUUAAUGGUAUUGCUUCUUUUUAAGAAAUGAUUCCAUCACAUUCUCCACGUACUUUUUUCAAAUUAUAUUCAACUUAUUCUCUAAUGAUUAAAAAAUACUGCAGUACAUUUAUACUUUCCAAAUCAAUUUAGCAUUUAAGCAAUCUUUAGAAUUUAAAUAUUAAUACAAUUUGCUAUUCCAUUGAUUCUUGCUAAGUGCUACUGUACCUCCUAGUAAGUCAAUGAAAUGCAUUUAUGAAUUAUAAUAUACUAAUACCAGAAUUGUGGCUACUUAACAGAAAUCCCAUCACUAGCUCAGGCUAGCUUACUUAUCAUACUAUGUUUAGUCAUAAUUUUUACUUAUUUCUCAUCAAUUUCACUAAGGAAUAAUUUAUGUACAGUCAAUUUUAUCCAUUGAAACUAUACAAUUCAAUGACCUGUGGUAAUUUUAUAAACCUCUGCACUCACCUUAAUGAUCAAAAUCCAGUGCAUUUCUGUCACUCUUCCCUCUUCCAUAAAUUUUUCACACCGUUUUACAAUGCAUCUCUUCCACAAUCCUUGGUCUCAGGCAAUGGCUGACCUGCUUCUCGUCACUAUAAGUUAAUUGCAUUCUCCAUGUACUAUUUUGUGUCUGGUUUCUUUUAUUCCAUAUAAUUUAAAGAUUCAUUCAUGCUGUGAUGGGUACCAGUAGUUUGUUUCUUUUCAUUGCUGAGAAGUAUUCCGUUGAAAGGACAUAAUGUAUUUUAUUCAUCUGUUUAUGUGUUCAUGAACAUUUGGGUUUUUUCCCAUAUUUUGCUAUUGUAAAUUUUGCUGCUAUUCGUACUCAUGUAUAUGUCUUUGGGUGGAAAUAUGUUUUCACUUAUUUUGGGUAAAUAUCUAGGCGUAGAAAGCCUGUAUCAUGUGAUAGGAGUAUAUUUAAAUUACUUAAGAAUCUGACAAAGCUUUAGCAAAGUGGUUGUUCAAUUUCAUAUCACUACUAAUGUAUGAACAUUUCAGUUGCUCACAAAAUAUUUGAUCGUUCUAGAAAGAUCAUUUUGGUAGAAUCUUGUUUUUGGUUUUAAUUUAAAUACUUAUUAUUUUAAGUUUUGCUGAGCAUUGUUUUCUGUUCUUAAUGGACAGCUUUACAUUUGUUUUAUCUAGAACCUUUUGAAAUUGCCUAUUUUAGUCAGUUGUUUUCCGUUUUAUGAUUGAGUUGUAAAAGUCCUUUAUAUAUUCUGCUUCUGAGUUAUUUCUUAGAUGUCUGUGUUGAAAAUAUUUUUCCCAUUAGAUAUCUUGUGUUUUUAUUUUCUUAAAUUUGUCUAGCAGUUUUAUUGUUUUAGCUUUUUCAUUGACGAUUAUGAUACAUUUUGAGUUAAUAUUGUAUAGGAUGUGAAAGGAAGGUCAAUGUUCUUUAUAUUUCACAUAGAUAGAUCCUAUACAGAUACAGUUACCCAAAAAGUAUGUUCAGAAAUGUUUUCUUUUACCUUUAACUGACUUGGCACCUUUGUUGAAAAACAAUCGGCCAUUUUGUAUGAGUCCAUUUCUAUACUGACUUGGCACCUUUGUUGAAAAACAAUUGGCCAUUUUGUAUGAGUCCAUUUCUAUAUUCUCUAUUGUGUUCUGGAUAUUUAUGAUGUCUUGAUUACUGAAACACUAUUACAAGUAGUUUAAAUCCUCCAAUAUCUUUCUUCAUUUAAAAAUUUGCUCUAGGUAGCUGUAUUAUCACUUAUAUCCGAAACAACCUAAUUUUUUUUCAGUAUUGCUUUGAAUCUGUUAUCAAUUGAUCGUUUUUGUGGAAAUUGCCAUUUUAAUUAUAUUAAAUAUUUCAAUCCAUG